AGUUCUCCCUCCCCAUGCUAGUGUGAGCACUUUUUCCUGCUACUGUGCCGCACACUGCACAGUUCUCGCCGCUAAUCAGUUAUGUUACGAGCGUUGCAUCAGUAGGUCAUAAAUGCCGAUUCGGGCAUCGGUUCUACAGUUUCCUGGAGCUAUUUUAAACUGGUCCCCCAUCUUAUCAAGUCCCCCACUUUCGCAAACCAUUAAUUCAAUCAAGUGGUGAUCAGUGAAAAUCUGACCUCUGAAGUUCUGUUCCUCGUCUCUCCUCAAUCUUAACUACCGAAGUUUUGGUCCCCUUAAAUUAUUCCCUGCUUUCAAAAUAUUUCAAUCUUACCUUGGUGGUCAAAGUUUUACUAAUUCAAGGUCAAUUGUUUUGUUAGCGCUGCUGGAGUAUCCUCUGUUUUUGUGAUAAGCCAUAUCGUGAUACUUAAGUGUGUUCUACAACUAGUGAUGAUCAACUGAAGCUGCUAUAAAUUAUAAUUCUUCAUUUGAAAAUCAACCUGUCUGUUUUUGUAAAUAACUGUUUAAAACAUUUUCAAAGAACGUACUAUUUGGAAGGAUGAUAACGUGCUUUGAACAGAAUCAAUCAAUUGCUCACCGAUGUUUUCUCUGAAGUUAUUGUGAUAGAUUUUUCAACGUUGCCUGUACCUCCCUAAAAACAGCAUCAAUUGAUAUACUUGACGUGCUAUAUCUUGUAAUAACUAGUCACUUUUCAAAAUGGCCCUAAGUUCCGUGUUGCGUACAGCUAAUGUAUUACUGCACGUCAUUGGCUCUAUCCUGUUCUGCAGCGGAGUUUAUUUCCACUGGCAAGUGAAGAUUCCCAGCAAGAUAAGCCCUUUGGAUUCAGCUUUUGGAGAUAAAUUCAAAUAUCUAACAUUCUGGAAUGCGUGUAUCCAAGCAUUCUUUUUCACAUAUUGCUUGAUUUUGGACAUAUUUGUCAAGAGCAACCCCAACAAACCUCCGAAGACUGUAGCUUUCAAGAAUUAUUUGUUUGCCACCAUCGGUUUCCCAAUCGCAUGUUUUGUGGCUACAGUAUUUUGGGGACUAUAUACUCUUGAUCGGGAGCUUGUAUUACCCAGAGUUUUAGACCCAUACUUCCCUAUGUGGCUGAAUCAUAUCGUGCACACAAUGGUUGCUGUUUUUGCCGUCUUGGAAAUGUUGUCUGCACCUCAUACUUAUCCUGAACGAUCUCGAGGAUUGUUCACACUAGGAACUUUCACGGUCAUCUACGUUGUUUGGGUCCACAUUAUCUACUUGAAGAGUGAUCUCUGGGUUUAUCCAAUUCUCAAAGAGUUGAACCUGCCUUUCCGAAUGCUAUUCUUUGCUGCCAUGUUAGCCUACGCAUUUUUACUGUACAUCAUCGGAGAUGUAGUGAAUAAACUAGUAAACAAGAAAGUGCACAAGACCUGUCAUCAAGGAAUUUCACCUGGAAUGCAAGUGAAUGAAUCAUCUCCACUCAAUUCAAAUUUUCCCGUCACAUGAAAAGAAAGUCGGCUUUAUCUAGUAUCUAGGUUGAAAAGGUUGUGCGGUGCAUAUGUUUGUCAAAAAGCUAGAAAGAAAGUAAAAUUGUUCUAUUUUCUAGAAAUGCCUUAUUUUCAAAAAGUUUCGUAAUGAGCUUCAUCAUUUCCUGCCCCGGAAAACUUGGUGCCUUGUCAUGUGUUAAUAUUUUCAUCCAUCAGGUCUAUUUUUUCCCCAAAAUUCAGGUGCAGUUCUUAAAAAUGUUAAGCCCUUAUGCAUGUCAUAAUAGGAAUGUUAUCUGGAAUCAAGGUGUAGAAUUUUAUGAUAAAACUCUGCUUAAUUUACCUCUGUCUAACGCUUGUUUUUGCAAUCGGGUUCCAUUUUAACAUUGACCGUAAAAAUUCAAAAGAACAUUUGCUCCUAGCAGCAAACAGACUAAUUUCUGCAUAAAUGGAACCAAUUGUCAUUAGAAAUAGACCGAUUAUAUUACACCAAGUAUAUGUCACAAUAUUUGGAUUCAGCCAUGUGUUAAUAGCAUAUAGCAUGUUAGUCUAGUUGAAAUGCAAAGGUUUGAGAUUGUCAUCAUAUUUAAAUAUGAAUUAGCAUCACAGAAACCUCUUACUCUUUUUUUCAAUAAAACAAUAUCAUGUACGUAGUAGGAUUUUCCUCUAUGAAUUGUACUUUUUAAAAUGUACAUAGGUUGUUUCUUUAUCUGGUCAAGAUAUCUUUACCUGCGAGACUGCAGUGUUAUCUUUUCGUAUAAGACCGAAGGAAAUCACCAUUGUACUUCAAACCUAUCCCUAAACUUUAAGCAGAAUAUUGCUUGGAUUUUUCCCAGCUUGCCACAGCUUUCUAAAUUAUGGUUUUUUUGUAAAGUUCAUUCGGGAAACACAGAAUCACAUGUAACUAGCCUAAGAAACGAUAAUCUCUAAAUCAUAUUUUCAGGAAGUAUAUUGCUGUGCUCAGUCUGCAACAGAGCUUCGGUGGCAAUCGAAACAUUCAGUGUCCUGAGCUUCUCACUUUUAUAAUUACAAAAGUGUUUUCUAAUUCACUAUUCUGUGAAUUUCUUUGCAUUGAGCCAAAAACUUUGUUUCUUAGGCAGUGGCAUGUUGAAGGUGAAACUACAGAAAUGCGUUUCUCGGUUUGCGGUGUAGCAGACUUCCUGUCAUACUUUAUUUUCUACAUUGAAAAUAACUGAACGUAAUGUCUUGAAAACUUCGAUGAUUUUUCCUCCCUAUGUGAAGAAUAUUAAUUUUCAUGCCAUGAUGUUGGUUUAGUCUCCUUUUAAAAAAUGAAAUAGGAACAGAGAUUUUGAAAUACCACAACUGAGAUAGGAUUUCUGCAGUUUCACCAUUCACCCUCAAUGCAGUAGGUAUGUUCAAUAUUUCCUUGAACUAGCAUUGUCUUCUGCAAUCGCAAGCAACUUUACAGUUUCUUGUAAGUUGUUCAAGCCUCAGGUGUAUUAAAAAAAAGUCAGAAGAAUUUUCAUAGUUUAAAACAACAAAAAUUGGUCUUUUUAACUUCUGCAACAAGCCAGCUUUGCGAAUGUGACAAACUAAGUACACUUAGCCAUGCAUGUUCAGUUUAGGUGAAAGCAAAUACUAGUAAGUUUAUCUUGGACCAUACACAAACUUGGAGCUCAUCAAAAUACUUUGAUGGAAGUUUGCUUGCGUAGACUCAACCUAAGUGAAAUUAAUGUUUUUAGUUUCUUAUACUGAGAUGAUUUUAUUAUUAUCUGAUAGUACAUAUAACCAUGAUGGAUUUUUCUUCAUGUACAGUGUUUUGUUGUUACUGUUAUAUUGCCAUAUUGACCAGUCAGAACACAGGUGACUUUCUUUGUGCCUUUUUUUGUUUCACCAAACUGUUAGCGUUUCAAUACGUUUAUUGUUAAAUUGCUGUUUGUCAUUUAUCAUCUUAUUCUUAUAACAUAGCUAUUAUAAUGUACAAAUCUUGAUUGAAGGUUUUACCAGUUUUAAAUUUUCAUACCUUUUUUUAUUUUCUUUUAUGUUUUAACAGUUACUCAUAAUUAUAGUAACUGUUUACUGAAGGUUGCUAACCAUACUAUCCCAGUGUGACCAAACAUUAUCGUGUCAUCAAAAAUCCAUGACUCGAAUUUUAUUUAGAACUCUUUUUCCAUGAACAUUACAUGACCGAAAAAAAAGGAAAAUUGAAAGUUUUGAAAGUUGCUUGAAAAGAAUCUUCCCAAGCAAUCUGAAAACUCUUUUUAUCGGUAGUUAAUCAAAAAUUUGAAAUUCAAUUUUUCAACAAGGGCAAAGUUGAUAUACUCACAUAUAUUUUUACUUUAUUCUAUUUAUUUUAUUUGAUUUUUUUUUUCAAAUAUUUUGUGUUUGAAUUUCAAGUGUAUUCUUUGUUCUCAUUUUAUUUUAAUUGCUGAAAAUCCACUGAUUCAUAAUCAACCUUGUCCGGGCGUUACCGGUAUGAUAUUUGUAUAGUAUGUUUUUUCUCCUUAUUUCUCUCUGCUGCUUGCAGCGAUGGAAAGUUUUUUCUUAAAACCUCUUUUCUUAAUUCUUCUAAAACUUUGAAGAAAAUGUGUGUGAAGUACAAUAAAUUGUUUAAAAGAAAUUUGAUUUCA